AAUCGUUCAAGAAAUGAGUUAGUUAACGGAAAGUCCAAAUAAAUUAAAUGAAUAACAAUCUAUACCUUAAGAGGAUAUUAUUGAUAAAUCACUAAAAUAGGCAACAUCUUCUCCUGAUAAAGAGAACUCUUAAGAAUUAUUUAGAUUGUAGAAAUAAUAAUUCAUACAAAAAAUGACCUCAGACAACUCAACUAGACGUUAAAAAAAAGUAAUAUAUACUAUUAAAAAAUAAAUAGAGUACAGGAGAUAUUAAAGAUAUAUUAAAUGUUAAUAAACUAAUUGUUAAUUUUGGAUUAGUAAUACCAGGAAAUAUAUGUGAAGAUGACAUAUAAUUUUAAAAUCUUUCAACUGAAACAGUGAUAAUUAGCAUAUAAGUAAUAUGCAACAAUACAGAAUUUGAUGAUUUAGAUGAAUAUGUUUAUUCAGCUAGAAAACUUAAUGGAUAUGAUUACAACGAUCGUUUUAUGUUAGCCUGUCCAGGAUAAAAGUAAUUCUCUAUGAAGGUUGCUUUAAAAGUUCCAAACAUUAAAGAAUAAAAAGGACUAUUUGGGACCAUUAUUAUUACAGCAUCUUAUUCUAAUCAUUAAAAAAUAUAAGGAUAAAUAAAUACUUAAAUUUAAAGUUAAAUUACACUUCCAUAAAUUGAAUGUCCAAAAACAUUAAUGAAUUGUAUAUUUCAAUUAAUAAAUUAGCUACAUUUAAUUUACCAGUCAUUCAAAUGGCUUUCAAAUUGGGGAAAAAAUUAGAUUGUAAAAUUCCAUUUAGGAAUAAUAGUUUAAUUGGAUUACCACUUGAAAUGGAAUUUCUCAAUAAAAAUGAUAAUGAAAUACUAAUAAAUCCUCCUACAUUAUCAGUUUAGGGUAAUUCUUAAUUCUUAGUUACAAUAUAUAUCAAAAGCAAACAAGAAUAGAUUAUAAAGAAUGUCUUAAUAGUUAAAGUUAAAAAUUCCAAUGUUCAUUUUAGUUAUCCAUUAAUCAUUAAAAUAUAUUGA